AUGGCGGAGGAAGUGAGCAACAAGCAGGUGAUAUUCAAGAACUACGUGACCGGAUUUCCGACGGAGUCGGACAUGGAAAUCCGGACAACCACCGUGAAACUGGAGCUUCCGGCGGGUUCCACCGCCGUGCUUGUCAAGAAUCUCUACCUUUCCUGCGACCCUUACAUGCUAACCCGCAUGAAACUCUCCGACGGCGGCUAUCUCGGUGUCAAUAGCGCCUUCAAACCUGGAUCACCACUUGAGGGAUUGGGAGUCGCAAGAAUAUUACAAUCCGGCCAUCCGGACUUCAAGAAGGGAGAUUUGGUUUGGGGACUUACUGGAUGGGAAGAGUAUAGUGUGAUAAGCACUGCAACUCUUUUUAAAAUCCAAUAUACAGAUGUGCCUCUUUCAUAUUACACAGGGAUUCUUGGUAUGCCUGGUGCGACAGCCUAUUUUGGAUUUAAUGAAUUGGCGUCCCCAAGAAAAGGAGAAUUUGUGUUUGUUUCAGCAGCGUCAGGGGCUGUGGGUCAACUCGUCGGCCAAUUCGCGAAGCUUUUAGGUUGUCGUGUUGUUGGCACUGCUCGCACCGAGGAAAAGGUUGAUUUGUUGAAAAACAAAUUUGGGUUCGAUGAUGCUUUUAACUACAAAGAGGAGCCCGAUUUGAAUGCAACUUUAAAAAGGUACUUCCCAGAAGGAAUCGAUAUAUACUUCGAGAACGUGGGGGGAAAGAUGCUUGACGCAGUGCUUCUAAACAUGAAACUCCAUGGGCGCAUUAUGGUAUGCGGAAUGAUUUCACAGUACAACAACGUCGGAGGCUCCGAGGGCAUUCAUAAUCUCAUGAAUCUCAUCAGCAAACGCAUUCGCAUGGAAGGGUUUCUCGUGUCGGAUUACUAUCAUCUCUACCCAAAGUUUCUGGAAACUGUGGUUUCGUACAUUAGGGAAGGGAAGAUUGUGUAUGUGGAAGACAUUGCAGAAGGGCUUGAAAGUGCUCCCAAUGCUCUGGUUAAGAUUUUUACUGGUGAGAAUGUUGGGAAGCAGUUGGUGGUUGUUUCCCGGGAAUGA